GCUGAUCAUGGCUGUGGACUUAUUGAUGAUGGCUGCUGUGAUUGAUUAUGUAAAUGUUCCCUUCAUUUAUUUUGCAAAGGGAAUCAUCAAAUAAAUGAUUCUGACCAAUCAUAAUGAUCAUGCUGAUGUUGUGCAGAUGAGGGUUUCCUCUCUUCCUGUCUGGCCUUUGGCAAAGUUUCACGUUACAGUUUGAAGGACUUGGAUCGAUCACUUGGACCAAUAAUCAAUCAGAGUUUGUGAUUGGUGACGGCAGCAGCGGACUGUUUGUCCUCAUGACAUUUUUUGAUUGGCACAAAAAUCGAGCCAAUCAGGAGCCCUGACCCUCCCCGGCGUGUCGAUGGGUGACGUGUGAGCGCCGGCGCCUCCUCCCGGCCAGCAGGCGGCGAUGGCCGACCGCGCCGCCGCCUACGACAGUCGCCACAUCGUGGAAAACUACCUCCGCCACAAGCUGCUGAAGAAGGGCGUGGCCUGGCCGCUGCACCUGCCGCCGCGAAGCCCACCUGCAGCAUCAUCAUCAUCAUCAUCAUCAUCAUCAUCAUCUCCUCUGAGCGGCGAAGGCGUGAGGACGUCACGAAGAGGAGCCACUCCGUCACCUGAGGGAGAGGAAGAGGAGGCCCCGCCAGCUCCGCCUCCCUCGCCCUGCCAGCCCCCCCGAGCUGCUCCCCACGUGGCACGUCUGCAGGACGUCCUGCAGCAGGCGGGUGACGAGCUGGAGCAACGUUACCAUGGCGACUUCAACGCCCAGAUGUGUGCACUGCUGCUGUGGCGUCCCGGGGCGCUGCGUCCCAGCCUGGACGCGGUGCGGGACGAGCUGCUGGGGGACGGGGUGAACUGGGGGCGGGUGGUGGUGCUGCUGGAGCUGGGCGGGGCUCUGUGUGUGGAGGCGGCGAGGCGGCGGUGGGCGGGGCAUGUUGAUGACAUCGCCAGCUGGAUGGUGGAAAGUCUGGAGGCUCCGCCCCUCAGAGGAUGGAUAGAAAACAACGGAGGAUGGGAUGCCUUUGUGGACCUGUACGGGCAGGCGGGGCCGGCAGGGCGCUCCUGGUCCCUCAGGACUCUGGUGGGACUGGCAGCACUGGGAGCCGCUGGGAUCACACUGGGAGCGCUCUUCACCCAGAAGUAAACCUCCUGACCCGGUCCGGUCCGGUCCAGUCCGGUCCGGUCUGACCCAGUCCCAUCCGAUCUGGUCCGAUCCAGUUCAGUCCAGUAUGAGUCGAUCAACUCAGGUCCAGUCUGAGCCAGUCCAGUCCAGUUCAAACCAGUUCUGUGUGAGCCAGUCCAUUCAAGUCUGAUCAAUUUUAAACCAGGUCAACCAGUUUAAUCCAGUCCAUACCAGUCUGAUCCAAACCAGUCUGGUCUGUUCCAGUCCAGUCCAGUCCAGUGCAGUGUAAUCCUUUUCAAAUUGGUCCAAUCCAGUUUGAUCAAUUUCAAACCAGUCCAAAUCCAA